UCGCGGUCGCGACUUGAGAGGACGCGGUGACUGGCCUUCCGUGUCCGCGAGCGCCGGUCAGAGCGAGACUCGAGUCACUGCCACUCAUCACCAGUCCUCCUCCUUCGGGAACGACCCAGGGCGCGCUCGCCACAAGGACCUCCCUGGCCGCCAUGGCCUCGUGGUGACGCGGCGGACGUGGAACGGAAAUUCUUCCCACGGAUCUAUUUAUUCGCCUUAUUUUUGUUUUUAUUUAUUUGUUUUCGUGAUUCGUUCCCGCGCCGUUCAUCCCGGAGUGACAAUUCCUGUUCUUCCACGGAGGAUAUCUUGGUAAAUGUGAAAGAACGAGUGACACACGCAAGUGCUAGUGACAAUUACCAGUGUCAACAUUGCAACAUUCGGCGCCAUGACUUCGCUGAUGUUCCCGCAGCCGCAGGAUUCCCUAGUCCCAGGCGAGGAGGGCGAGCGCUCCUUCCGCGACCUCUGCGAGCUGAGCGAAGCCGACUCCGAGGGCGGGUCCGUGUCCUCACGUGACCCCCUCUCGUCCCCUCACGCCCACCGCCUCUCCUCCACGCCCACGCACACGCCCGACCACAGCCACGACCUCAACAUGAGCGCGUCGGGGGCGGCAGCUGAGCUCAGCGCCGCGGCAGAGAGGUUCAUCACACAGCAGCUGUCGGCGGUGCCCCUGGAGCUGGAGGUCCGCCCGUCCAGCGUGGGCGUGGGCGUGGGCGUGUGGGCCAAGCAGCCCAUCGUGCGCGGGACUCGCUACGGCCCCUUCCUCGGGAAAUGGACUGCCAACGCCAAGGACCCCGGACUGGCCUGGGAGGUGGUGUCGAUCCGGUCCGGCCUCCGCGGGUGGCUCGACGCCGGAGAAAUGGGCAACUGGCUCCGACACAUCCGAGUUGCCGCGGCGCCCGUCUACGGCAACCUGCGGCACCUGCUGCUCGCCGGACAGAUCUUCUACGAGGCCAUCCGGGAUAUUUCGCAGUCAGAGGAGCUGCUGCUGAUCCGCAAAUCGGUUAUUGAUCUGGAUACGUCGGCCAUUGACGACCAAGUACAAGUGGGAUCGCCCGAAGAAAAGUCAGAGAACACGGGCGACGACUGUGACGACGAGGACGAGGACGACGACAUUUCGCGACACAGGUGCUUGCAGUGCGACAAACACUUCGGGGAUUAUGACGAGCUGGACGAGCACCUGGUCACCGCCCACGGCUACUCGGCCGGCCAGUACCGCUGCGACUACUGCCCGCGCGCCUUCGCGUGGCGGCCCAACCUGAUCCAGCACAAGACGAUCCACGGCGAGUACAAGCGCUACCCGUGCGAGAACUGCCCGCGCGUCUUCACGGACGCCAUGGUGCUGCAGAAGCACAUCCGCAACCAGCACGCGGGCGCGCGCUCGCACGCCUGCCCCGAGUGCGGCAAGACCUUCGCCACGAGCUCGGGCCUCAAGCAGCACACGCACAUCCACUCGUCCGUGAAGCCCUUCCAGUGCGAGGUGUGCUUCAAGGCGUACACGCAGUUCAGCAACCUGUGCCGCCACAAGCGCAUGCACGCCGACUGCCGCCUGCAGAUCAAGUGCACCAAGUGCGGCCAGGCCUUCUCCACCGUCACGUCGCUGGCCAAGCACAAGCGCUUCUGCGACACGGCGCCCUCGCUCUCGCUGCCGCCCGGCCACCCCAGCAUGCACGACAAGCUGUCCCACGGCGGCCUCUCCAUGAACAGCGUGCCCUCGUCGCCGCCCAACCCCUUCAUGAUGUACCCGCGGCCGCCCCUGCCGCUGCUGCCGCCCUCGCUCCUGUCCGGCUACCCCAUGUUCCCCUCGCUGCCCGGCCUGGUGGGCGGCCCCCAGCACCCGCUGCUCACCUCGUCCCUCCUGCUGCCCUUCCAGAACUCCGGCUCCAACGGCGGCCGCGACGCGUCCUUCUCGGCCCCGAAGGAGGAGAAGGAGCCCGCCGACUUCGGCGCGCGCAUGGACAUCUCGCCGCGCCCCGACCCGGCGGAGUCGCCCGCGCGCGAGCCGGCGGCGCUGCAGCCCCCGCUGCGCCGCUCGCCCUCGCACUCGCCCAAGCAGGCGUCCGUGUUCCCGCUCGGGGAGUCGCCGCGCAGAUCGGAGCCGCACGACGCCCCCGACGAGCUCAAGCAGCCGUCGCCGCCCGAGCGCCGGCGCCAGACCACGCCCGAGCCGCCCGCGAAGGAGGUCAAGGUGGAGUCGUCGCGCGCGCCCGGCGAGCGCAAGGAGCAGCCGCUCGACCUGACGCUGCGGCGCGGCAAGGACGGCGGCGAGCGCGACGACCUGUUCCUGGGGCGCCUCGAGAGCAUGUCGCACAGCAGCGACUCGGCCGAGGAGAGACUGCGCUCGCCGGCGCCGCUGGAGGUCAAGUCGGCGGAGGAGCCGCGGCCGCGCCCCGACCACCCGUUCCUGCGCAUCAGCGAGCUCCUCAAGGACACCACCACCACCUCCGUCGCGCCCGCCCCCCCGCAGCCCCCCUCUUUUUUAGACGCGCCCAGCAAGCUCCCGCUCGCGUACCCGCGCCCGCUCCACCCCGCGGCGCUGCUUGACAUGUACCGCAACCUGGACCGCAGCCUGGACCGCAGUCCGCUGCUGCCCGGCGCCGGCCUGGGGGGCGCGCGCUACCCGAUGCUUCCCCCGUACUUCCCGCACAACAACAUGGCCGGCAUGGGCCUCGGCCUCAACCGCACCACGGGGCUGGACAUGCUCAAGGCGCACAUGUCCAACACGGGCCGCCCCUACGGCGACAUCAGCCGCCCCUACGACCUCAUGGCGACGCACAUGCCCCGCGCCAAGGACCGCUACGCAUGCAAGUUCUGCGGCAAGGUGUUCCCGCGCUCGGCCAACCUGACGCGGCACCUGCGGACGCACACGGGCGAGCAGCCGUACAAGUGCAAGUACUGCGAGCGCUCGUUCAGCAUCUCGUCCAACCUGCAGCGCCACGUGCGCAACAUCCACAACAAGGAGAAGCCCUUCAAGUGCCCGCUGUGCGACCGCUGCUUCGGCCAGCAGACCAACCUCGACCGCCACCUCAAGAAGCACGAGGUCGAGGGCCCCAACCCCCCCGACUCGCCCGACGCCCCCGACUCCAGCAGCGCCGCCGUCGACACCUCCACCAACUUCUUCAGCGACGAGAUCCGCUCCUUCGUCGACAAGGUGACCGACUCGACCACGGAGGACCUGCCCGUCGACGAGGGCGCGGACGACGACGACGACGACGACAAGGAGGCCAUCGACGUGACCGCGGACGAGGACAUGGUCGACUCCCAGUGCGCCGCCAAGAGGGUCAGAGUCGAGUGAGCGAGACGACCCGAAAGA